AUGUCGCUUUAAGAGUGGCCGCAGGUGAGAGUGGUGUCGGGUUACCUGUAGCUUCCUCGCUGGAGAGCAGAGGAGAGGAGAGCAAAGCAAAGCAAAUAAAAGAAAUCCACCAGCUGCAUGUAAGGGCUCAAAGCUUCCUCCAUUUCCCAGCUCCGUGCGGGUUAGCAGAAGGAAACAGGCAUGCCUUUGGGGAAGAAGGUCCGGCCCAGCACCGCAGUCGGGAGGUUGGAAACUUACAACACCGCCAGCAUCUUCCAUAAUGCAGGUCCAGCCAGCGCCAAGUCUCCGACCUCCAGGAUCAGCUGUAUACAAGCACGUGCAAGGACAUCCAUUCCAGAGAGCAGAGCAGUGGAGGGCACUAGCCGAUGCCCCUCGCAGUCCGGGCAGACAGAGUGGUUGGAGACAGAGACGGAGCCGCUGAAACACCAUCCCAGACGCCACUCCGUGGGGCUAGGCCAGAGCGUAGCAACCAAUGAAAACAUUCAACGGUUCGGGGACACCAUUAAAAGCCUGAGGAAGGGCAAGAUUGAACAGCAUGUCUCCUUGACACAUCUGAAAAGCAUCCAGGCUGCAUUUGAAGAAUCUAGACACAAUGGUAGGACACCGUUGGAUGUGGAUGAUUUUAAGAUGAUAAUGAAGAAAUGCCUGGGAUAUCAUGCCAUACAUGAUGACCAAAUAGAGGAACUGUUCAGGAAGAUUGAUUAUUCUGCAGAUGGUCAGAUUGAAUGGGAUGAAUUCUGUACAUACAUGCAACUGAAGUACAAGAGGAUUGAGGAGUCUUACGUGCGAUCAAAACAUGUCUCGUUCUCCCUUCCAGCCACGUUCAGGGAGCUCUCUCACGCUGAGCUGAUCCUACGCAUUUACUUCACUCCUGACCAGAGCUUCAUCAUGAUGAGAGAAGAUGGAACCAUCUCCUUCUGGUCAGCCCAGCUCAAACUGAAGCGGAGCAAGAGACUCUUCGAGAAGCCUUUUCACCGAAAGCCAAAAUGGGUGACUGACUUCACCACCAUGUAUCAAUACAACAAGUUUAUUCUCAGCACUGGAGAUCGGGAGAUUCAGAUCUAUGAGCUUUCCACCUUUGAACCGUAUUGUCAAAUUGCUGGAUUGGAAACAUGCCCUUUGCAACUUGACUAUUGUUCUACAGGGGCUGAUGACGGCAUGAUCUUGUACGGAGAUGACCAGGGCUGUGUGAACAUUUUACUUCUAUCGUCUGUAGCUGAAACUUUAAGAACAUGGAAGAAGUGUCCAAAGGUGGACAAUAUGCCCAGCAUAAGCAUCGAAAAAACUGCCCUGUCACCAAACGUGACCUACAUUCGCUGGAAGGUGCAUGAAGACUGGGUUACACAGCUGAAAUAUUAUGACUCCAUCACCUCAGUCAUAACUGCUUCCAGUCACGAAGCCACAGCCUUGGUAAUAGGCUGUACCACUGGGACCACAAACCUGGAGAAACAGAUGAAGGAGAUGAGAGAAUGCUGGAAAGAGGGGAAGACCACUAAAUGUCAUGGUCCUUGUGUUGCUCAGAAGAGGAUGGAGUGUGACCAGUCUGUAUUCUGUGUGCACAAAGGGGUGAAGACGUUUGACUUGUGCAAGAAGAAGAACUUGCUGGUUACAGGAGGCAUGGACCGGAUGGUGCGGAUGUGGAACCCUUAUGUUCCUGGGAAAGCUACCGGUUCUUUGAGAGGUCACUGUGCCCCGAUCUGCUUUCUUUCCAUUUCCACCGAUGAAAAUAAACUUUUCUCUGUCUCCACUGACAACACUGUAAAGAUCUGGGAUACUGAGGAUCAAUAUUGCCUGUACACAGCUAACCAGCAAGUCAGUGGAAUUAAAGGAGAUAUAUCCACAAGCCUCUACAUUCCAGCGAUCAAAGCACUCUGCAUUGCUGCAGACUCCAUCGCCCUGCUGCACCUCAAGAUACAACCUCAGCCUCAGCCGCACCACGUUAUCUCCCACAAAGAGCCGGCCCUUUGCUGCGUUUAUUGCAGGGAGUUUCGACAGGUCAUCAGCUGUUCAGAAGGAUCGGUGAUCAAAGUCUGGGACCUGGACACAGGGAACCUUGCGUUUGAGUUUAGUGGAGCCCACGGUGGUGCUGCCAUUUGUUGCAUGACCUUUGAUGACAGUGGGAGAAGAUUGAUCACAGGAGGAAGAGAUGGAUGUGUGAAGAUUUGGAAUCAUAAUAAUGGCCACUGCUUGAAAAUAUUGAAAAAAGAGGGCCGAAGUGAUGAAAUCUGUGACUGUACCUAUGUGGAGAUGCAUAAAAAUAAUUAUAUCCUUGCUGUUGGGUGGGAUAGAAGAAUAAACAUAUACUGUGACUCAUCUGACCACCUCCAUCAUGUACUGCCUCCUCAACCACACUGGCCCGAUGAUCUGAAAUGGGGGCACAAAGAUGAUAUUCUAUGCAUCGCUCAGUGCCCUCCAACUCUUCUGGCAACAUCUAGCUACGAUGGAGAAACUAUUGUAUGGAAUAUGAUCUCUGGUCACAUUUGUUGCCAUCUACACAACCCGUCAAAUCGCGUGUGUGGAGAGGGAAGAGUAAUAGAUAAAAGUGUAAGUAAAGUUAUAUUCUUGAAAAGUCGAGCACUGAAGAUUGAAUUAGGAGCAUCCCUGGUUACAACUGGUCCCCAAGGUUCACUUGUAUUCUGGAGCCUGUUGAAUGGUGGACAGCUCUAUGCUGCUUUUCCUGCUUCUAGGGUGAAGUCUCAGUUGACCAGCCUGGGUUCGUCGACCAAUGACUCCUUACUUUACACAGCGGAUGAUGUUGGUUAUGUCUGUGUUUACGGCAUCAAGGACUACGCUGUUCAUGGGCCAGAGGCUGAAGCUGCAAAACUUGUUAACUACUGGAGAGCCCAUGUUACCAGUGUCACUUGCAUGGAACUGAUAGAAGAACAAAAUCUGAUGGUGACCUCUUCCUUUGAAGGAACGGUACGACUCUGGAACACGGAUGGAGAAUUAAUUGGUACCUUUGGGCAGCCGCAAGCGUGGGAUAUUUAUAAUCCAGCGAAGUGGGUCCACCCAAUGGUCCCCUACGAGAUACUGGUCGAUCCGCUCAGCUUGCCCAUCCACCCGGUGCUGGAGGAAGAGACCGCUGUAACGCAACAACUCUACCUACACCAGAGUGAAGACAAGAAACAGAUUGUGGACCAUCAUCCCAAAUCUCCACAGGUGACCAUUUCUGAUGAAGAUAUCAAAGAAGAAAUAAGAAAGAUGUCAUCGCAGAACAGCCUUGGGAAAAGAUUUCGACAAGAAAGAUUUAAGAGAUUAAACAGGCCCUUAAACCACGGAGGCCCUUCCGCAUAUCAUACCCUGAAGUAUUUUGAAAUCAAUACCCCAAAUCCCUGUGAAAAACCCGACCUGUCGGCAAUAGGUGAAGAUCCUUAUGAUGCCAUUUGCUUUACAGAUAGCACGGUCGACCUCCAAGCCUGUGUCCAAGAAAUUGAUUAGAUGGCUCUAGUUUUAGUUCUUGAUUUACAGCAUGGAAACUGGACCUUCGGCCCACUGAGUCCACACUGACCAUCGAUCAUCUGUUCACACUAGUUCUGCGCUCUACGCACUAGGGGCAAUUUUGCAGAAGCCAAAUAUUAAUCUACAAACCUGUACGUCUGUGGAAACUGUUGACACUAGUUCU